AUCGGAUGAGAAGUUAUUCGACAUGUGACCACAUAUAGAUCACUAUAGAUAAGAUAAAAUAUAUAUAUAGCAAUCAAAAUGUGAAUGGAGUAAAUGGAUGCAUUGACAAAUAUCCAUCAAGAGUAUAUAAAGAAUGUCACUAAUCAAUUUAGAAGUGUGCCAGCAGCAGUGACAACAUCCAAUCCCUCAUAUCAGUGGCCAUCAAGUCCAAUUUUACCGCCAAUAUCAAGUCGAACACCUCAUUUAGUGCCAGAAACCAAUGUUCCAACUAAUAGUACUAGCUCUGUAUGCAUAACACCGGCAACAACAACAGGUCUCAAUACCACUGUAAUUUUUACAAAUCAAACAAACAUUACACAUAACGCGAGCAAUAACACUUACAAUAACAGUAUAAAUGAUAGUAGAAUUGUAACGAGCGCCUCAAAUACAUCAUUUAGCAAUAGUAGUGAAACAACGGCCAAUAGCUCAAUACCCACGUCAAAUCGAACAUACAGCUGAACGGAGCUUAGACGGCAAUCUUCGAGCACAGCGUCUUCAACGUCAGAACAAAAUAACAAAUAUUCAAAGAAACGAAUUCGCGUUACUCGUGUGUAAGUGUUAGUUUUUAAUCUUUACUACUUUAUGAUUUGUUCAUUUUUUUUGUGAUGAACAAAAAACUACGAAAUCUUUUGUCAGCUACUGUGAUCGAAGAUUGACCGUUCUUGAAAAUAUAUGAUGAUAAUGAUAACAAAUAUCCAAAAAAAAACAUGUGUUUUAAAAGAGAUUGCUAUACAAUUAUAAUUUUUCGCGAACUUAGAGGUUAUCAUAAGUUCCUUUUAAUGAAGAUGGAAUUUCAGAAAUAUAUAAGAAAGUAACUAGCAUUCAAAAUAUAAGGACAUUAUUGUUAAAAGAUCCACAAAAUAAGGAUCUAAUGCACACUCCAAAGGAUCUAAUGCCACUUUGGAUUAUUCCAAAGUAACAAAAUCUGCAUACAUGUAUAUACAGGUGGCGCAUAUAAUAGGGCCACUCUUAGGGGGUGGGAAUUUUGAAAAACCCUUUGGGGGGUAUGUUGGGGGAAAAAAAUAAAAAAUUUCUAUCUGAGCAGACCUCUCAAAUCUUACAAAGUCAAUUUUACACUUUUUUGGUUCAAAAUUUGUGAAAAAACGUGAAUGAGAAAAAUAUCGAUUCUAAGGUAAUUUUUCAUGCUGAUUCCGAAUUUUUGUGUUUCAGGUCAAAAAAUCACAUUUUGGGGGUUUUUGACCCCCCGACCCUUUUAAGGGGUGGAGGGACUUGGAGGGCGGGGGUCCUAAAAAAUUUCUAUCGUCAUUCUGAACAACUUUGUAGUACAUUAUUUUUUGAUCCGAUGAACUUUUGAAAAAUUUGGGGCACCCCCACCCCCCUGGGG